CUUGUUUGUGUUUAGCGCUAGUGUGGGUGGUGACUAUAGUGACGGUAUCUCGGAAGGCCUAGCUGGUCUAGCCAAGACUAGGGAUACCCUUGUCCUUACAGGUCAGGCAUGUAGACUAUCACUGGAAACAUGAGCUGCAAUAAGGAGGGGGCAGUUGAAGAAGUAAGUUUAGACCCCGAGGAUGGAGAAUCCCCUAAUGUCUGUUUGGAUGUCCCCUGCUCACCACAGGAUCUCAGCCUGGACCCUGACAUGGGAUCUACACAGAGAAGCCUAAGUAAGAAUGAGGUCGAGACUGAGGACAACUCUGAGUUGGACUCAGGGUCUAAACUACAAGCACUAGAAUCGGAGAUGGUGGUCUUUGAGGAACACGGAGAGUGGUCUGUCUCUUCAGCCAGAGACAAAGGGGAUCUUAUGGACUGCUUGCCUCUUGUCAGUGACAAUGUUGAGGAUAAAGUACAACAGCCAACUGACCAGAUGAACCAGGAUGCUAGAAGCCGCUCGUCCUCAAAAAGCUGUGCCACCCAACAUUCUACCACUUGGGCAGAUACAGAGGCAGACUGCAGCAGAAGAAGCAUGCUGGGCAAGAGAUUGGGAGAUGUAAAGCGAGCCUCUGUGGCCCCAGCCCACCACUGGGGGCCCAAAGGAGGUAGGGCCUGCAGGACAAAAAAGAAAAAGAAGGUCACCAAGAGUAAGAAGGCAAUCCCUGAGGAUAUCCAAGACCCACCAUCUGACCAUGACUCAUCAUCAGAUGAGUAUAAUGAAAUGCAAGUGAUGAGGGUGACCAUUUGCUUCAAGAAUGGAGAACAGAUCAUAUCUGGCAAUUCUAUGGCUCCUGAAGACAAAAUCAGAAAAAGAAAUGUCCAACUCAGGGGCAAUUUUCAUCAUAUGACUGGCUCUCUGCAGAUGUCUGCUCCCAGGGGCCAUAUUUUGGGCAUGGGAAAACUAGGGGCCUCUUGUUCUAACAGAAAAGCAUCUGUGUUCAGAGGCAAGGAACAGAGUAGGCCUCGUUACCCAGGAGCUGCUGCGGGUGUGCUGAGGAAGGCCAGUCCUAAAAAGAAAUCAGCCCAGGAGAAGAAACCCCUACAGGAUACUCCAAGAGUCACCGGGAGAAAACCUGUCCCACUGUCAGGGCAGAGACCCAAGGCAGCUCCCGUGGAAAUAGCCACAUUUCCUCCAAUAACCUGUGUCCCUACACUUGAGAGUUCUAAGAAGCACCCCACCACAACACCUCUUGAGGCCACUGAACCCACACAUGGAAAUACAUCCAGAAAGAAAGCAGUAGCAAAGAAUACAAGGGAGACCCUGCCAGUGGCCAGAGGAGACAGGGGCCUUAUGUGUAAAGACAGCAUGAAAAAGUCGACAGUGCUGACCCCAACGUCAGAGUCCUACAAGGUUAAGGAAAUUGCCCAUGCCCAAGUUCCACCACACAGGGCAGAGCAGCCUUCCGUGUGCAUGUAUCGUGGAGAAAUGAGCAGUGGAGACUGCAACACCAGAGCAUCUCAAGUUCCAGCAAAUUCCCAGAUCGUGGCCCUGAACCAGGGAAGCGCCAGCCCUAGAGCAUCUGUACCCUAUGGUGACCAAGAUCCGUCUGUGGCUCCCCCACUCCCUGUUGGGGAGAAGCAGCAUCAAACACCAGGGAUACUGGGAUGUCAGCAGUGUCCUUUGCUAGAGAAAGAAGCAUGCAGGCUGAGAAAACAACUAGCGGUCAUGCAGGCUCUCAACAAAAGGUUCCAGAAUCUUUGAAGUGAAUGUUCUGAUAUCUACAGUCCUUCCCACAAGAAGCUGGGUCUGGCCUGACUCUAUUCUGCCUGAAAUAUUGGACCCAGACUCAAUGCAGGAGAGACCAGACUACUACCUGUGGAUCCCAGGGCUGUGACCCCACAUAUUCCCUCUCAUUCUACAGCCAGAGUCACCUUUAUGCCCCUGUUUUUGCCCCGUGUACCCCUGGUGACAGAUGUUGCAUAUAAAAGUAGUUUC